GUUCAGUUUGGUCUGUUUAAAACAAAAUAUGUCUUACUGGGCGGAAUUAAUAUUGAUAAUGACUACUGUCGUGACAAAGGAUUAAGUUCUGUAUUAAAGUGUUGUUUUUACACAGCGGAGUUAGUGAUAAUAAAGUUGUUGAUGACUUUGUGUUAAUCAACGGCUGUAACUCUACGACAUUUUUUCAUUCAUUCAUGAGAUUGGUUAUUAAUCUGUUUAGCGCCGAGAGAUUUAAGUGCAAUUGUUGUGGGAAAUAUGAUUUCUGUCGAUUCAAAAUAAUAUUUUCUUUUCACGAAGUUAAGGAAAGAAAAGUGUAUGUGGGAAUAAAUAUUCGAUGAAAGAUUUGAUUUAAUAUUAUUUUAUUUUUUAAUAGUGAAUAACUAACAGUAAUUAAUUAAAAAUUAUUUCAACGUUCGGACAUUUAUAAAGAGACUUUUGACUUUUGAUACUGAUUAGCAACAAUUGAUAUUAUUGUAAAACUUAUGUAUAAUAACAGUAAAUACACGUAGACUCAAAUAUUUGUUCAGUAAUUGAUUAUCUGUCGCUCGGUUAUUGUAUUUCAUUUUACCCUCUAAUCAGCCUGUCAACCUUUACUAAAAUGAGUGGAAAAGAUCGAUUGAAGACAUUGGAACAGUUUCGCAAUGACGAAGAAGAAAGUAAAAACUCAUUCGUUUAUGAUAUAUUGUCAGAGGGCCAUUUGCAGGCAACAGCUCAUAGACACCGAUCAUAUUCCAUGCACUCAAGUAAAUAUCUCAUACAAGACAAUAGUACAAAGAAAAGACAGAAUCAACAACGUCGAAUGAGCUUGCCGCAAAAUGGAUCAGUUUUUCAAAAGGAUCGAUUAAACGUUACAUUGUUUACUGAUUACACAAUCGCAAAGGAAGACCAAGAACAAGGUGAUUCAAAGAAUAUUUUGAGAAACCGAAGAGCACGAUCAUUUAAAGAACGAUCAUCAGAAACAGGACAAACAAAUCAUAGAAGGGUUAGGUCGUUUAAAACUACAUCAAAAGGCUUGGUAAAUCGUGGCGAUUCUUUCAAAGUAAAGAAAGAGGCUCAUAAUGAUCCAUUAAAUAACAAAAACGUUACAGAUGAUUCAACCCUUCAGAAAUUUAAUAAUUGUGUAAUACCUCAACUUAUAACUACGGAGUGUAGCGUGGAUCAAAGCAAUAUCCGAGUACUACUAACCGGUGCUCGAGGUGUUGGCAAAUCCUCCAUAAUCGAUCAAUUUAUGACAUCCGAAUUCCUUGGAAACGGAUCAUUCAAUGUUUCUCAAUCAGAGGGUGAGCGAACAGUUACAUUGCAAGUUGAUGGUGAAGAGUCCACAUUAGAAUUUGUACAAUCUGAAGAUUUCCAGGACCAAGACGAGAGUUUUCAAAUAGACGGCUUUGUAGUGGUGUACUGUAUAACAGAGAGAGCGACAUUUGAUAUCGCAAUAGAUCUGCUGAAACAAAUACGUGACGAAGUCGGCUCAAAUAAGGCUAUAAUAUUAGUUGGAAACAAAUCGGACCUUGUGCGAAAGAGGACGAUCAGUCAGGAAGAAGGACGAUCUGCCGCAGAUGCGUAUGGUUGUAAAUACAUUGAACUUUCCGCGGCCCUAAAUCAUCGUGUUGAUGAACUUCUUGUCGGAAUACACAAACAGAUCAAACUUAAAUCAGAUGCUGAAAAUGAAGAGCUCGAGUGUAAAAUUCCAAAAGGAAAAGAGAGGAAAAGCUCCUUCAAGAGGACGAAACGAUUUCUUGAGAAAGUUUUCCUCGGACAUAGUGGUAAAGACAAGAAAACUGAGAAUUUGUACGUUGAUUAAAUGAACUUGAUUUAACAUAUGUAACUCAUUUCUACAUUCCUUUAGUAUUCAUCAAAAUUCAUUUUGAAACAAUCCCAACAUUUCGACAUGAUUACUUAAGAAAAUUCAAAGUAAUAUCAAACAUCACUAAUUAGCGACAGACCACUGUCACAACAUAUUGAUAAAAACUGUAUAUUUAUCAAACUCGCUUAGUUUUCUUAUUAAAAUGGUCAUAUGUACUUACCUUCAUAAAUACUGCUGUUGUAGAUAUUUUCCACUUCACAUGGGCCAUCAUUGCUAGUUAGAUGUAUGUACAUUGUUAGUAGUGGAAGGAAAAUAUAUGUUCAGUUUUAGAAAUGGAUUAAUUUUCUUAGAAAGUGUUGAAUCAGAUGUGUUGUAAAAUAUUUUAUUUUUCUUUGCUUCUUAGACUCUGUAUAUAAACUUGAGAUUCAACUCUUUCUGUCUCAUACUCUCUUAUACAAAAAUUGCAUAAGAAUAAUGUUUUAACAUAAUUAUGAAUUGUUAACAUAAUUUUCAAACAUAAUGUAGUAUAUUAAAGGUCAGGAUAAUAUUUAACUGCAUGGUUCGAUGUGACACAUGUGUUAAUUGUAUUUAGUUUAUUCAAGGUUGAAAUACUUUUUUCGAGAAUGGAUUAAAUAGUUGUAACUACAAAUACAAUGUUUAUUUUCACUAUAAAAUUUACUAUCAAGUAUUAUCUUAUCGUCAUGUUAGUUUUUUCCCAUUUUAACUAUUUUUAUGACUCGAAGACCUUAUACUUAGUUUCAAUUUGAAGAGAAAGAAGAGAGAAAAAAUGUUAUAUUAUAACUCCAUUUAUAAAAAAGUACUUUAUUUAAUAAUUUAUAACAUUAUUUUAUCUGUACUAAUGUUAAGAAUGCUACCAGAUUACUUUGUAUUCCAUGCAACUAACCGAGCAAUACCGAGUCUCUUGUAUGUUCACCCAAUAUUGGUAUACGAGUUGUGUCUUUGUCAUUCCCAUGGCAUCAAUGCUAUGCUUCAAUGUCUUAAUGAUAAGCGCUAUAUUGCAAAUAUUUUAAAGUAAAUUUAUGAUAUAGAAUGUGAGUAAAGAUGAAACAAAAUGUUUACAAAUUGAUACUUAUUGUGCCAGGUACUUUUUGUUUCCGCUUGUUUUGGUGUCUCAUAAUUUUACGUGUAGGUUUUGAAAUUGUUAAUUUUAGAAUGAUUUUCCCGUUUAUUGUAAGAUAGUUAUCGUCUUUAAAUAUAUAUUAUGUUCAAAUUUGUUUGUGGAAUUUGUUUGAAAUUAUUGACAUAUGUAAAUACAUAAUAAAUUGAAUUUGAAAUGUA